GGCUCUCAGCGAAGAGGCGGGUUGGGGGGGGGUCCUAGAAGGACCUCUAGGAAACUUUCAGGCAUGGCCACCCGGCGUUUAACAGACGCGUACUUGUUGUUGCGGAACAACGCCAUCCAAAGCCGGCAGCUGCUGGCCGAGCAAGUGAGUAGUUACAGCUCCUCCAGUCCUCUGACUUCACGUAGCAUGGCUGCUGCGGAGCUGGAUGAGCUUGCAGAUGAUCGCAUGGCACUGGUAUCAGGUAUCAGUUUAGAUCCUGAAGCGGCUAUCUGUGUAUCAAAGAGGUUGUCUCCCAAGUGGAUUGAUGGUAUAGAAGAAAUUCAAUAUGAGAUAUCCAGGAUAAAACAGAAGAUGAAAGAACUAGCCAGUUUGCAUGACAAGCAUUUAAACAGACCGACUUUGGAUGAUAGCAGCGAGGAAGAGCAUGCAAUAGAAAUAACCACUCAAGAAAUUACACAGCUAUUUCACAGGUGUCAAAGAGCAGUCCAGGGUUUGCACAGCAAGUCUCGAAGCUGUACGGACCAAGAAUGCCGGCUUCUGAAGAACGUUGUGUGUUCCUUAGCUCAGUCUCUGCAGGACCUCUCCACAAGCUUUAGGCACGGGCAGUCCGACUAUCUCAAACGCAUGAAAAAUCGAGAAGAAAGAUCCAAACAUUUCUUUGACACCUCGGUCUCUCUCAUGGAUGAUGGGGAGGAUACAACAUUGUAUGACAGGGGUUUUACGGAUGACCAGUUAGUAUUAGUGGAACAAAACACUAUGUUGGUGGAAGAGCGGGAACGAGAAAUUCGACAAAUUAUACAGUCCAUUACUGAUCUUAAUGAAAUUUUCAGGGAUUUAGGAGCAAUGAUAGUUGAACAGGGUACUGUACUGGAUAGGAUUGACUACAAUGUUGAGCAAUCAUGCAUAAAAACAGAAGAAGGGUUGAAACAACUACAUAAAGCCGAGCAUUAUCAAAAGAAGAAUCGGAAGAUGCUCAUCAUUUUAAUUUUGUUUGUCAUAGUUAUUAUCCUUAUCAUUGUCCUUAUUGCUGUAAAAUUUCGCUAGGCGCCAUGUGCCGGUGAUGCUUUUCUUUCUCUCUUGUGUUUGUCUGAGAGGUAGCAACAAAUUUUUGUGUGUUGUGUUUCUCCCGUUUUUGUUCCUGACAGGAAUGGUUGAGUCUCUUGAAAGCUGCCUGUUGGAUGAAUGUAUGGGACCUAAUGGUGCAAAGUCAGUGCAAUGUUCAUACAGAAAAGUUCUGUUUUACAUGUUCAGUGAAUAUGGAAGGCAGCGAUCUGUAAAAAUCAGAAAUGCGCAGAAAUGUCAGAAUUUCUGAGAAAAGCUACCAAAUCAGGCAUUUCGUUUACCCAGGCCAUUGAAAUGCUAGAAUGCAUUUUUAAAAGUGAUUUAAACGUUUCAGAAAGUGCUUUUACUAAACAGGAAUCAUAAUGUGCUUUCUACCAUGACUUAGCCUACGGUUAAUUUUAGGGUAAACUAUCCAUAUUAUGAUGUGGACAUCAUUCCCAAAACUAUUAAGUUGGAGAUUUUUUUAAAUAAAUAAAUGCCUUAAUGAUACAAUAUUCCCUCUUUACCCUCUUCCCCUCCUGAGUUAAUUAGUAUGGGUUCACAGAAAUAAUAAAAAAAAAAGAUUUCUAAUUUUAUUCUAUUAUUCCAAAAGUGGUGGAACAUUAUCAGUAAUACUCUAACCACAGAGAGUAUUAUUGUUUUAAGAUUAUUUUUUUAAAAUUUUAAAUAAUCAAGAAUGUUUUUUGAUUAUUUCCACCUCUUCCCACUAUUGAACUGAAAGGUGUGUCUCUGAUCCCUCUUUCUGAAUCUUCCUUCCCAAACUGAAACUGUUAAUAAUACAUAGCAGCAGUUACAUAUUUCAUCUUAUUAUUUUCAGAGUGCGAACGGAAAAGGGCAUGGUACAAUUCACACAGAGUUUAAAUUGAACUAAUGGCAGCAUCAGGAACUUACAUUUAAAUAAAACCACUUUUGUUCUCAGCUGCGAGAUCUCAGGAGAAUUUGGAAUCCUGUUCAGAGCAAAUGUUGCUCUGCGUCAGCAUUUCUUGUUUCUCUUAACAUUGUAGGUGGUUCUGCUGAAAAAGAAAGUUUUCGUGAUUAAAACAAAAUCUCAUCUUUUAACUGUAACUUAAAACUGCUGUGCUAUUUGGGGCCCUCGGUGUUCAAUCCUUUUUUUUAAAAGCAUUUUGUACUGAAGAAUUUGAAGGUUGUACUUUGCAUCUCUUUUUGCUGUGAUUUAGCAACACCAGUUGCCAACUUUUUUUAAACUGCCUUAGAUUCUUAUCCAUUUGAUCAUGCAAUGCUGCCUGUGUAUUUGCUACACCUUGUUUUCUUCCUUUCAUCCAGCUCUUUGCAUCAUUCAGAUUUCUUGUAUCUGAUAACAGGGAAAAAAGAAAUCAUAGUCCCACCUUGGGUCAUUGGGAGAUUCUGCUUGCUAGAUAAAUGAAGAAUCCAACAUCUGUAGUUGAAACCUCUUUGACAUAAAAUAGGGUUGCCACAAGAGAAUUGUGUUCAGCUGCUGCUGUGAUUGUCAGUGAGAAGAUGAAGAAAUGCUCUUGGUAAACUCUACUCAGUUAUUUUGAUUCAUCUCCUAUUUACAGAACUUCUGCAGAAGGCUACUUUAUGCCUUCCGAUACCGUGGUCCAUUGCUUCCUGGAAGAAUGGAAUUCAGUCUCUUUUAUGUUAUUAUCUGCAGCAACUAUCAAUUGUACAGGUAGAUUUGUGAUUUCCCAGCCAGUGAAUAAUAAGAUACCAGACAGCAUGAGAAAUAUGGAAAAUAAACAUAUUGUACUUCAUGCACGUGCAAAAAUCCAUUUGAUCCUUAUGCAUGCAUAAAAUAGACAAAAAUGUGUCACUGGUGAUGGUUGCCAGAGUCUGGUCUGUAUUUUCCAACUGGCUAACAAGGGCCGCUUAUGUUUAUUGAAAGUAUUAUUCUGUUACCUAAAGGAGAAUACCGAUUACACACACUGGACUUCUUUCUUUUCAAAAGAAGGAAAAGCAUAGGUUAACUUAAGUUUCUCCAUGAUUUGCUCAAGAUUAAGUUUCUCCAUGAUUUGCUCAAGAUAACAAAUUUCAGCAUUAACCUCCUUCUGCCAUUUUUUAUGCUGAUCAUUAACAUCUUUAAACAGUUUUUAUUAGGUUUAGUAACAGGAGAAAAUAUUUAUAAACACGUACCUAAAACCAGUGGUAUGAUUUGGAAAAGGCCAUCUUGGCUCCAAACUAAAUUGGUGCAUGUCAAUAUGUGUAUGUCCUUGAAGUCAAGCUUGAUCCUUGACUGCACUGUGGAUACUCUGCGAUCACUUCUCUUCCAAAGUAUAUGGGAAUGGUUUAUUAUUGCCUUUUCUCUGGAUGUAGACUUUGUAGACUUCCAAUGUGGCCUACACCUAGAGAUCCCCCUGCUCAGCUCUGAAAAUAUGCACACGUGUAUAAUUAUUGCAAUCUGUGUAUUGCUGUGGGUUUAAUUAAGACUGGAUUAAUUGGAUGCAGAAACAGACAGAUUUUACUUCCUUCUCCCUCCCCCUCUCCCCAGAAAAAGGGAACCAUGAAAAGGAUUGAGCCAAGUGUGAAAUGUGUUCUCUAAAGAGGAUGGUGGAUAGAACAAGCUGGAUGUUUGGAAGAAAAAGGUAUUUUGCUACUAAAAAAAAAUCACUGCUAUUCUCCUUAUAGGAAAAAAUUGUCUUUUGCAAGAGGAAAAGUUGUUUGUUUUCAUGCCACCUCCCUAAUAUAAUUUGGUGGCAUGUUACUGCCACUAAGGUUAUUUGUGAAUACCGUUUUGAAGUUUCAUUUGUAUUUCUGUCUACUGCAAUAUAUUUUUGGGAAUUAUCCCCAAUGCACAGAUUCUCUAAAGUCUUUUUAAAAAUCUUAAAUCAUGAGAACAAAUCAGUGUAAGAUAUGUACAUUCCAAGGGGUGGGUUUUGCGGUUUGGAGAUUCCUUGUGGUCGUUGGUCAUGGUUUCAUGUGGCAUCACUGUACUUUGGGAAUAAUUCUUUUUUAAGUUUAUUUAAUAUUAUUUAUUUAAAAUGCAAUAGUUAAAUAGGUGGGGGGUGGGGUUUCUACACUGAAGAUUCUUUGCCUGACCCAUUGGUGAAAAACCAAACUGGCUUGUAGUUUAACUGGAUUGAAAAAGGUCAGGCAAGAGAUAAGUUAGCAAUUUACAAAAGAAUGGCCAAAGAUUUGAUCAUUCUUGUCUGCCUGAUUUGGUGCUUUCUCUGUUUUGGCAGAUUUGUUGCAUAAAAUUUACUGGGAUGUUUUCUCUGUACCAACUCCCCCAACCAGCAGUCCUCUAGCAGACUCGGUUUCCAGAAAAACUGCUGGAUGCUUUAUCUUCUCAGGCAAUAUUAUUCUUGGUGAGCCUUUUUAUUUCCUAGAUAAAUUGGCUCUCUACAACCUGCCCUCUUUGCAAAACUGGAAAACCAAAGCUGAGAAGUAGUAGCACCCUUUUACCCAAAGAACCAAUUGUUACAGCCUGAGUUGAACUGAGACAACUAUUAAUUGGAUGAAAAAGAGAUGUAAUUCUGACUUUCUUGUGACCGUUCACUGUUGAAUGAUGCUUGUGGUAUGUUCCAGAACAGGGGUCUCCAACCUUGGUCCCUUUAAGACUUGUGGACUUGCUGGCUGAGGGACUCUUGGAGUUGAGGUCCACAAGUCUUAAAGGGACCAAGGUUGGAGACCCCUGUUCCAGAAGGUCUUCCCUGCUUCAGGUUGAAUGUAUUUGGGAUUAAACAGGAUUUAAAGCUAAAGGAAAUCUACAGCCUGCCAUAGAGGUUCAGCUCUACCACUUUGUGUAUUGCUGCCAAACAGCCUUUCAGCAAAACUCCAAACCUUGGUUGGGCGCAGAAUGAAGGCUCUUGAUAGAACCAAUAAAGGAGAAUCAUCCCGAAUGAGAAAUCAUCAGCUGGAUACAUCACAUAGGGACUCAAGUAGGACCAACAGUGGUUUCGAGUAAUGAUGGAUUUGCUUUCAAAUCAAAUGUAUUUAUGGUGUAUGUAAUGGAAGGGAUCUCUGUUUUUACCCAACAAUGUACAGUCUAUUUUCAUCCAUUUCUGUGGACAAUUUGUAAUGUACAAAUAAACUAUUCAACUCUAA